GAGUUGGGUUGCCUGGGCAACUGUAAUCUAACGUAACUUCCGUUUAUUUAAAAAAAACCUACAAACAAGAUUCACCGUCUUCCCAAUUGAAGGGUUAUUAACCGGGGGGCUGAAUGAAAGUUAAUAUCGUUGUUUGUUGUCAGUCACGCAACGGUUCGAUAAGUCAGGAGGUAGGUGAAGAAGAAGGGCUUUUGGAACAUGGAACUUGAGACAAUGGCAGAGUCGGUGCGCUCGAGCCGGUCGAACGGGACACCGAGCCGUCACGAGAAAAGUUUGGGGCUCCUCACCAUCAAGUUCGUCACUCUGCUCCAGGAGGCGAAGGACGGCGUGCUUGAUUUAAAACUGGCUGCAGAUAGCCUGGCUGUGAGACAGAAGAGGAGGAUAUAUGACAUCACCAACGUGCUGGAAGGCGUGGGGCUGAUUGAGAAGAAAACCAAGAAUAUCAUCCAAUGGAGGGGGGAGAACAUGGGCAGCCAGAGCGAGGAAGUGCUGGAGCAGGUGGAGAUACUGAAGGCUGAAAUCUCAGAGCUGGAGGCCCAGGAGAGACAGCUGGACGAGAGGAAGGCCUGGCUGGAGCAGAGCAUCAAACACCUCUGCCACGACCCAAUCACAUGCUCAUAUCCUUUUUGAGUUUGCUUAUCAUGUAGAGAAUUUGCAGGUGAUCAUGUGACUCCAAUGUUCUGACUCACCUGGUGACUUUAACAACAGAUGAAUAUGUGGAUAUGUGUGUUUCUCAAAAAAUAUUGGGUUUUCUAUUUCUUAUCGCCUUAAUGAACCGGUAUAAAAGUAUAACUGUAACGGGAACUAGCUCUGCAAAUCUGCGAAAACUGUUUCACCAGAGUUGAGUUGGUGAAGGCUAUCACCUUGUUUGAACAUUUGCAUCACCUUUCCAAACUCACGGGGGUCAACUGAACACAUUAUGAUAGGCGUUUGUUUACAAUUUUGACAGACAGCAGGUGGAUGGGAUCUAAAGAAUCACGCGACUGCACAACCUUGAUACAGCAUUGGGAUAUGGGGUCAGAACAGUCUCAUUAAUAAUGAAUGCACAGAGAAGGAUGCACAAAUAUUUUUUGUGAUUUAUAUAUAAAUUACUCUCUUCUCGCAAAUACAUUUCAAUGCACACACAAAUGGAUAUCGGUAUGUAUAAAUGUAAAAUAAAUCCAUAAACCAAAAUAAU